UAAAAAAUGAAAAUCUUCUGAUUUAGGAUUCUGGAUUCCAUAAAGGCCCUUAUGCCAGCACUUAAUUGAUGAUCAUACUCAUGCAUGCUAUAACGCUUUCUGUCACAAGAAUGUUUGAGCUUGGUGCUUAACCGAACUGAAAUCCAUUACACAGAACCUCAUUACAAGUGACAUCUAACUAAGAUGAACAAAAAGAUUAGCCUCAUAAAUAGACUGCAGUAUACUAUUAGUGACAGAACAGAGUAAUCAUUAUGAAUUGUAGUCUUUUUACAAGUUGGCUCUGACAGUGAUGGAUUUUUGAGGGGUUCACUGGCUAAAGCAGCCCUUCUCAGGUCCAGUGUUCAGGGGCUGCAGAAGUUCUUAUUGAUUGAUGCUGUUUAUCAAAGAUGAUAUACUUUUUGUUUGUGCAGAGUGUGUGUUGUGUGCUGGUGUUCUGAAAUACACUCGGGCAAAGGAAUAGGAAGACGGUGGGUAGAGGGCAGAGUCACUACCUGCUUUCAGAUAGGGUCCUUUAGAGUUUCUUGAAGGCGGCAAGGAGCGGGUAAAAAGCAACUUCACAAAAGCUUAUAGAAAAUGUCAGAUAAGCAAAGGACAUCUUGAUCACUGCCAGAAUAGCAAGAGUUAAAGGGGCCGGUCCUGUCCUCAUGGUCACUGGUUGGUCAGUCCUGGGUAGAAUUGUUUAGUAGACUUGUGUGUGUCUAGCAGAUUAGAUGGGUGUCCAUUGGAAAGGUACAGCAGGGGUGGGGGAGUCGCCCACCACAGGAGCCCUGUUGUUAAAACAAACAGUCGAACAACACAGACCCUGGGAAGAGUUAUGAGUGUUAAAUUGUAAAGAAGAGUUUUCCAAGAGAAUGAUAUUGUCCUUCUGCAGUUUUGUGUGUUUAGAGACAAGCAUGCAAGGCAGGCAGGCAGGCAGGCUUAUGUUUCUCCUACGAGGCAAGGAUGUUUUACAAAGGACUAAAGGGAGACUGCUGAGAGGAAAAUAGCCAGCUUUAGAUAAAGCACCAUAACAAAGGCUCCUAGUUUUAUAUAUCAUGGUGUCCAUUAAAGCUUAAUAGGGAAGAGCCCAUUGAACCAGGCUGGGUGCGUGUUAUUCAUGGUCAGGAUAAACAUUUGAGGGUGUGCAAAAAAAAAAAAAAAAAAAAAAAAGAGAGAGAGAGAGCGAGAGAGAGAUUUUGAAAAGACUUUACAAUGAAGAUGCUGUUUUUGUCUCCUGUGGAUCUCUAUGCAAAGUAGAGGAGAGAAAGCUGAAAAGGUUUGGAGCACAUCAACCUGAGAUCCCAGGAGACUGGAAGCACUCUAGUAAACUAAAAAUGGUUGGAUUCCACUUGGAAAAGAGCGUGCUGUUUUACAGAUGCUCCUGAAAGCCGAUGAAAGAGUAACUCCUGACACUGUGCUGGACGGUGAGCUGGCACAGCACACAGUCUUACAAGACGGUUUGAGCUUGUUCGGGGUUUCCAGAUCAAUAAAAGAGCUCUGCGGUCUGUGCCCUUGUUUGUUCUAAAACCUACUUCCCAGUAAUGCCUGUUAAAAUUAGAAGAGGUCGGAAGCCUUGCAGGGAGCCGGGUCAACAUUGCCAUCUUUUGGCAAGAUAAGGGUUAACUUUGAGCUGGGAAGGGGGUGGUGGUGAAUGAAUUAUUCAGCAUUUAGCUUAUCUUUCUGCAUUUCACUUUCUGCUUUUUGGUGCUCUGGAACCGGGGCUGGAGGUACAGUGGAGAAGGGGAGGCAGGAGUUGUGAUACUUUGCACACACGUCCCUGUCAUUGUUCUGCCUGAAGAGACAGGGCUGGGUUCAAGGCCACAUGUGCUCCUGUCAUCCUCCACAUUUCUGCUCCAAGUGCAAUCCGGAGUGUCAGCUCUCCAUCUGUCUCUGGCUGGCAGGCGCACGCGCCCAGCUCCCUGCCUCGGGCCAUGCCGCCCCAGCCCCUCUGAUGGCCCUCCUCUCCACCGCCCCGCACAUUCCAUAACAGGAGGCAUGAGCCCGCAUCGCACUCCCUCUUAACACCGAGUUGCUUUCAGUGUGUUACACGCUGGAUUCCAGGAUGCCUGAUCGUACUGAGAAGCACUCCACAAUGCCAGACUCACCUGUGGAUGUGAAGACACAAUCUAGGCUGACUCCUCCAGCGAUGCCACCUCCCCCAACUACUCAAGGAGCUCCAAGAACCAGCUCAUUUACGCCAACAACAUUAACCAAUGGCACGAGCCAUUCACCUACGGCCUUGAAUGGCGCCCCCUCACCACCUAAUGGCUUUAGCAACGGGCCUUCCUCUUCCUCUUCCUCUUCUCUGGCUAAUCAACAGCUGCCUCCAGCCUGUGGUGCUAGGCAACUCAGCAAGCUGAAACGAUUUCUUACUACCCUGCAGCAGUUUGGCAAUGACAUUUCACCAGAGAUUGGAGAGAGAGUUCGCACCCUCGUACUAGGACUGGUGAACUCUACUUUGACAAUUGAAGAAUUUCAUUCCAAACUGCAAGAAGCCACUAACUUCCCACUGAGACCUUUUGUCAUCCCGUUUUUGAAGGCCAACCUGCCCCUGCUACAGCGUGAACUCCUCCACUGCGCGAGGCUAGCCAAACAGAACCCUGCCCAGUACCUCGCGCAGCAUGAGCAGCUGCUUCUGGAUGCCAGCACCACCUCCCCUGUCGAUUCCUCAGAGCUCCUUCUGGAUGUGAACGAAAACGGGAAGAGGCGAACUCCAGACAGAACCAAAGAAAAUGGCUUUGACAGAGAGCCUUUGCACUCAGAACAUCCAAGCAAGCGACCAUGCACUAUUAGCCCAGGCCAGCGGUACAGUCCAAAUAAUGGCUUGUCCUACCAGCCAAAUGGCCUGCCUCACCCCACCCCACCUCCACCUCAGCAUUACCGCUUGGAUGAUAUGGCCAUUGCCCACCACUACAGGGACUCCUAUCGACACCCCAGCCACAGGGACCUCAGGGACAGAACUAGACCUAUGGGGUUACAUGGCACACGUCAAGAAGAAAUGAUUGACCACAGACUAACAGAUAGAGAAUGGGCAGAAGAAUGGAAACAUCUUGAUCAUCUGUUAAACUGCAUAAUGGACAUGGUAGAAAAGACGAGACGAUCCCUCACGGUACUCAGACGCUGUCAGGAAGCAGACCGGGAGGAACUGAAUUACUGGAUCCGGCGCUACAGUGAUGCUGAGGACUUAAAAAAGGGCGGCGGCAGUAGCAGCAGCCACUCCAGGCAGCAGAGCCCCGUCAACCCAGACCCAGUUGCGUUAGAUGCACAUCGGGAAUUCCUUCACAGGCCUGCAUCUGGAUACGUGCCAGAGGAGAUCUGGAAGAAAGCUGAGGAGGCUGUGAACGAGGUGAAGCGACAGGCAAUGACCGAGCUGCAGAAGGCCGUGUCUGAGGCAGAGAGGAAAGCCCAUGACAUGAUCACCACAGAGCGAGCCAAGAUGGAACGCACCGUGGCUGAGGCCAAGCGGCAGGCAGCAGAGGAUGCUCUGGCAGUUAUCAACCAGCAGGAAGACUCCAGCGAGAGUUGCUGGAACUGUGGCCGGAAAGCAAGCGAGACCUGCAGCGGCUGUAACACAGCCCGAUACUGUGGCUCUUUUUGCCAGCAUAAGGACUGGGAGAAGCACCACCACAUCUGUGGACAGACCCUGCAGGCCCCACAGCAGGGAGACACGCCUGCAGUCAGCUCCUCAGUCACACCCAGCAGUGGGGCUGGGAGCCCGAUGGACACACCACCAGCAGCCACUCCGAGGUCGACCACCCCGGGAACCCCUUCCACCAUAGAGACGACGCCUCGCUAGACCUAAACUCAGACAGAUGGAGGAAAGACACCACAACCAACACAAAAGCAAUUCCUCAUCCUCAGAUGCGCAAAGUCGUUUUUCUAUUUGUUUGUUUAUAGAUGAACUAUCUAUCUUAUUUCAGUACUUUCAGCAAGAGAGAACCUAACUGUAUCUUUGAGGCGGUAGUAAACACAGAGGGCCAGUAACGGGUCUUAAUGACUUACUGUGGAUAACAAAGAUAAUUUUUAGAGAACUGAAAAGAGGAAAGAAUAUAACGUGAAAUGCUAGAUUUGACCUCCUCCCUGUUAUUUUCAAGUAGCUGGGAUUUUAAACUAGAUGACCUCAUUAACCAAUGCUUUACCAAACAGCAAACCAAGAGAUUGCUAAUUGCUGUUGAAAGCAAAAAUGCUAAUAUUAAAAGUCACAGUGUUCUUUAUAUACAAUAAUGGAAAAAAAAAGAGGCAAUCCCUCAAGGGCAUGAGCGUUGGACACAGCAGUAGACAUUUUAACAAGAAGAUGAAUGGCGUCUGUGGGUUGCUAACUGAACUUUGAAGACCCGCUACAAAACGCGCAGAUGUGCAGCAGAUUGGAAGGAGACACAGAUGUUCGGUUUUUUUUCCUGUUUCUGAGAGAAAUAAUAAUAUCCAGGUCAACAGAAUGAAAAAUGAAAGAUGAUUUCCAGUGGGAUGUAUGACUACAGCAGCAAGAAAAAAAAUGCCAUAAUACAAAGCCUCUUUUUUAUAUAUAUAGACACACACACAUACACACACACACACACACACACACACACACACACAAGACUCAGCCUGCAGUUAAUUAGCAUUCUGGCAGCUUCCAGCUCAGCCAGCUGCCCUAAAUAACCCUUCAACAUUUCUUCACUUUUGCAAGGUUCCACAGAGUAAGACAUUGGGUCUAUUCCAGCUCAUUCAUUUUAUAUUGAAAACUAAUUUUAAAAAAAUGGUGGCUCCAGCUCCAGCCCCUUUCCAAAAUUUUUCAACCCCACCCUGUUUGAAUUUUUAAUUAAAAUCUAGUAGUUCUCUUGGUGUUAAAACACUUCUGUCCUGUGAGGUUUCCCAAUGGUGUUUUUCUUGUAAAUGUGUUGGACAAAUGUGAAGAUGCAUUGUAGUUUAUCCAUAUGCCCACAUUUAGUCUCUUUCUUCCUAGUUGGUGAGAAACCUGUAUCUUUCUAUGCUGCUUUUAUAGCUGUAUGUAUUAGUGAUAUUUCUCUAGUAGUUAAAAAAGA